CAGCUGAUCCCUCACAUGACGUGUCCCGUGAAGCUGAGUGUUUCUCUCCGGGAAUCUCACCUGCAUCUCCGUGAUGGCCGGCCGCGGGAAACUGAUCGCCGUGAUCGGAGACGAGGACACGUGCACGGGCUUCUUGCUCGGCGGCAUCGGAGAACUGAACAAGAACCGGAAACCGAACUUCCUGGUGGUGGAGAAGGAGACAAGCAUCACCGAGAUCGAGGAGACUUUCAAGAGCUUCCUGGCGCGUAAUGACAUUGGUAUCAUCCUGAUAAAUCAGUUCAUCGCUGAGAUGAUCCGGCACGCCAUUGACGCCCACAUGCAGUCAAUCCCGGCCGUGCUGGAGAUCCCGUCCAAAGAGCACCCGUACGAUGCGUCCAAGGACUCCAUCCUGCGCCGUGCCAAGGGCAUGUUCUCUGCCGAAGACUUCCGAUAGACAGCGAGCCGAUGCGGUUCACAGAUUUGUCCCGAUGUGUUUGUGCUGUGAUGUUUACUUUUAUUUCCAGGAAGUGAUGUAUGCCCAUGCGAUCGUUUUUAGACCAAUCCUGCUUGAGUCAUGUGACCUGCCCCUCCUCCUAGGUGUUUGUUCCAGAUGUGUUAACUUAUAAACGUGAACAGAUGUGCAAAUAAAUGAAUAAAUAAA